AUGGUUAAUUCUUAAUCACAAAUACUAACUUUAACUAUUGAAUCCAAAAUUAAAAUUAUGAUCUAAGUAUAUAUUUGUAUUCCAUUGUUCAUAGAUUACUUAAUCUAUCUCAUAUUUACAUUCCAAAAAUUUAAUACAUAGAGAUAUUAAACCUGAAAAUUUUAUUAAAAUCUCCGAUCAAUUUAAACUUAUUGAUUUUGGAUUAAUAAAAUAGAAUUUAAAUCUUUUCAAAACAGCUACAGUUGGAACUCUACUAUUUUAGGCACCUGAGGUUCUUGAUAUAUGGUUUCUCGCUUAUAUUUUUUAUGAAAUUGUUUUUGGUUAGGCAUUGUUUAAUGGUAUUAAUUAAAAUUACAUAGGCGAAAAUUAAUCAAAAGUUACUUAAAUGAUCUACAGUCCAAAUUGAAUUAAAAUUUUUUAACUUAAAGAUUAACAUAGGAUAGAUAGAUGACAAACUAAAAGAUCUUUUGAAGUAAAUGUUAAAAUAUCAUCCUUAAGAAAGGAUAACAUUGAAUAAGGUUAUGUCAAUACUUGUUUAAUAUAGUAGCAUUAAAAAACACAAUUAGCAAUAACAAUAAUUUUUAAAAUUUCCUAUUUAACCAGAGAUUAAAUAUUCACACCAUAAAAUUUCCCAAAUACAGGAAAUACAGUUUCUUUAUAAAUUUCAUAAUUAAAAGAAUAGAUAUAAGACUUCAAUAAUUAACAAGCAGAAUAAUCAAAAACAAUUGAAAUUUAUUAUAGUAACUUGUAAAUUUAAAACAAUUAACUUUAAUAAUGAAUACAAAAUUUACAGUAUAAAGUAGAUGAUUGCACGGAGACUAGGAUUAAUAUUUUUCAUUAUAAAUGUAAAUUUAACAAUACGAAAAUUAAUUACGAAUUAAGAUAAAUUAAGAACAAGAAAAUAAUAUAGUAAUUCAAGAUUAUAAAAUGAAAAUAUAAAAUAUGGAAUCAAUUUUAUCAGAAAUGGAAAAAAGGCAUUAUUCUAAAAUAAAUUAUUAUUUGGAUAAAGUAAACUAACUGGAAACAAAUUGUUAGAAUUUAAUAUUUAAGAUACUUACUAAUAGUAAAUUAUGAAUUAGUAAACAGAAAAAUAAGAAAUAUAUUAAAAUUAAGAAUGGUAGACUUUAGUUUCUAAAAAUGAAAAUCAGAGAAAGUAGACUCAUAACCAAGAAGAAAAUAAUUAAAAAAGUGAGGACAGAUUAAUAUUGGAUGGAGAAAAAAAUGAAUUGUAACAAUAAAAUAAUUAGGAUGAAAGUAACAAGCCAUUUGAGGAAAUAAAAUCCUAAAUUAAGAACUUACUAAUUCAAUUAUAAUCCUUAGAUUUAACUCCAACAAAAAACAAAAUUAAAUAAAUUCAAAAUCUUAAUCAAACAAGUCAAUACCUGAUGAAAAAGUACAAACCUGAGAUAAACGCCCCACGACUAUAGAAUUAAUUGUAAGUACUUAGAGUAAGGGUUAAAUGA